UCUUCUGCCGCCGGCGCUGCCAUGGUUCCGCACCACUCUGCGCCCGCGCUGCUCUGCGCGCUGGUCCUGGCGCUGUGCGCGCUGUCGCCGCCGGCUCUCGCGGCCACCGCUUCGCGGGGGGCGGCCCAGGGGCGGGUGCCCCAGGCGCGGCCCAGCAGCAUGGUGGUGGAGCACCCCGAAUUCCUCAAGGCGGGGAAGGAGCCCGGCCUGCAGAUCUGGCGCGUGGAGAAGUUUGACCUGGUGCCUGUGCCCCCCGGCCUCUAUGGAGACUUCUUCACAGGCGACGCCUACAUCAUCCUGAAGACGGUGCAGUUGAGGAAUGGGAACCUGCAGUAUGACCUCCACUACUGGCUCGGCAAUGAGUGCAGCCAGGAUGAGAGCGGGGCGGCCGCCAUCUUCACGGUACAGCUGGAUGACUACCUGAAUGGCCGGGCCGUGCAGCACCGUGAGGUCCAGGGCUUCGAGUCGGCCACCUUCCUGGGCUACUUCAAGUCUGGCCUCAAGUACAGGGUAGGUCCCAGGCAUCAGGGACAGAGGCAUCAAUGGCAGAGCCUCACUCAGGUCCACCCAUCUCUCAGCCUUGUGGGGUGA